CACUUUUAGAUUCGAACGUUGUGACAAGACCCAGUUGGUCAUGGGGCAGCAGCAAAGCGGAACAAGCACGAUCUCUGAGAAGACUGUGAAGGCCUUUGAGCUGCUGAACCUCUACCAGCAACUUGAGGAAGCACUGGCAAAGCCAAGUGCAGUGGUGGAUGUCGGAGAGGCAUAUCGCCAGAUCCUUGUGUGGUGCCGAGCCCAUCCGCAGUGUGCGAGCGUCUUGGAGAUCCUGAGCACUGAGGAGAGAUAUCCUGCCUGGCGACGGCAGGCACUCGAGGAGGCCUACCGACUCUUCUAUGAUGAGGCGGCUCUUUGGGCGGCAGCCGAUCUGGAGCGGUUGCCGGAGCCGCCCACUUCGGAGGAGAUCGGCUUUCGACCAUUGCCGGAGACGCUAGUCAAUGGCAAGGCUGUUGAGCAAAAGACCUAUGCAGGAUCCUUCACCGACCGCAGUGGCUUCUUCCGACAAACCUGGCACUAUGAGAUCCACCGCAUCUCCUCGAGCGGUGUGUCCGGGCGGCGGAUUGUGGCCCUCUCGGAGUCCAGAUACGUUUGCGCCGGAGAUGUGUCAGCGAAGCUGCUCCACACCGUGCUGCCAGAUGAGUGUUGCUCUGCGCGGGAGGAUCCCGCUGCUGCCAAAGGCCCCUUCUUGCUUCCCAAGGGCGUUCGCGGACAAAGGCUGCCGGAAGUGCCCACGCAGGAAGAUCCACAGCCAAUCAAGGAGCCGUUGCACUUCGAGGAUCACAGUGUUGCACGGCCCCGUGCGCGGCUGACCUUCCCACAGCCACGAGGCUGAAGAGGGAGCGAUCUCAAACGAAGGCUGUGCGAGCUCAAAAAGAGGUGCUCGGCCUUGUUUGGCGUGUAAAUGCCGGCCUCGUUAGGGUUUCUCUUGGCACUAGUGCUGAAACUGGUGAAGAUGAGGGGUGAUGAGGGG